CUAGGCGCUCCAAACGGGUCGGAUUUAGCAGGAGACUCUGAUUGUAUUCCUAAUUCAAGUAAAUAUAUUGUCGAGCUGCCUCACAGUGUCAGCGGCGCUUAAGAAGUCUUCCGGAUUCUUCUCGUUGUCACAUUGAAGUGCUUCUGAAGCAGAGAAUCUUCAGUCAAAAGACCGAGGACAGGGCCUUGUGGAGCUCCACAGCCUGUUCCCUCACCUUUCGUCCUCUUCCAGAUGGACCUGCGGUUACUUGUGAUCGCCACGUUAUCCGUCACGCUGUGCCGCAGCAGUCACGGAACCUCCGAGUGCGGUGCGCAGCUGGCGCUGGACCCGUCCGACUGCCUGGAUGAACACGGGCGCAGCUGCAGUGGACGAGGCUCCUGUGAGUGCGGGGGCUGCAAGUGUCAGGAAGGAUACGUCGGGCGUCUGUGCGAGUGCAGCACAGACGAGAUCCGAACCGAAGACCUGGACGCCAACUGCAGGAAGGACAACGGCACCGACGUCUGCAGCAACAAUGGCGACUGCAUCUGCGGCACCUGCGAGUGCAAGAAGCGGGAGAACCCAGCCGAGGUGUACAGCGGAAAGUACUGCGAGUGCGACAACUUCAACUGCGACCGCUCCGGCAACAAGCUGUGUGGAGGACACGGACGCUGCGAGUGUCGCGUGUGUGUCUGCGACGCGAACUACACAGGAAGUGCCUGCGACUGCUCGCUGGACACGUCAACCUGCCUGGCCAGCAACGGACAGAUCUGCAACGGGAGAGGCUCCUGCGAGUGUGGCAUUUGUAAAUGUACCAACCGCAAGUUCCAGGGUCCCACCUGUGAGAUCUGCCCCACCUGCCCGGGCGUCUGCUCUCAGCACAGAGAGUGCGUUCAGUGCAGAGCCUUCCAGACCGGUGAGAAGAAAGACACGUGCGAGCGCGACUGCAGCGACUUCCACCUCAUCAAGGUCAAAGAAACCAAAGAUCUACCGCAUCCCUUCGACCACGAUUUCCCGCUGAGCCACUGCAAAGAGCGUGACGGCAACGACUGCUGGUUCUACUACACCUACGCCGUCAGGAACGGCAUCAAGGAGGUCCACGUGGUGGAGAGGCCCGACACAGACUGCCUCUCUCAGGAGACCUACACGGCUGGUGGCGCUGGGACCAUGCUGAGGAUGAUGGACCCUGUACUCAUCGCCAUCAUCGCCACCUCUGCACUGGCCUUGUAAUUGGGCACCAUCUCCGCUGUUUUAAAGAGAAGGUUGUCACAGAAGUGCAUGGUAUUAUAGUUAAAACAUCCGAACACAAUCGUCAUUUUCGUGUUUCACAAAAAUUAUGGAGUUAUUUUACGAGUUCAGUCACACUCAUGCCAUGGUUGUCUGGUUAGUGUAACCGGUCUUACUGACCGGUGCUCUGCGUUGUGUUCUGGCACGUAACCGAUUGAAGAGUCGAUUAGUCUCCCUGUAUUUUUUUCUGAAGUGAUGGAGAAAAUAAAAUAAGUUCCGAGCAGCUGCAGUUCUCACACUCUCUCAGCUCGUUGUACCGACUGAGGUGAAGACGGAGGUGACGUCAUCGUUAACGGUACAACGGAGUCACAGUAAAAGUUUUACAAAAUAAAAUAAUUUUGGUGAAAUUUAUAACAGAACAAAACAGUAUUCUUCACCUGCUACAUUAGCAUCUCGGCCAACCGUCUUUCCCAAUGUAAAUGACAAACGUGUCUCACCCUGGUCCUGAUGACGUCAUUCGUCAUGGUUGAACUGGGACGUUGACGUUCCGCCCGUAGUCACGCGUGAAACGCUUCACUGACGUUUGCAAAGAUGAGGUCGUCUUUUAACGAGGUGUUUUGUACCGCGGUGUUUUGUACCGCGACACUGUUCGUGCCAUCGUCGCGUUCCUCUCACAGCUGCUUCUGAACGUGAAAGUCCGCCGGAGCAGCGCAGC